GGCUGGAAAAGAAAUUACCAGCCGCCAAAGUAUUCCUGACUCCGUCUGGCACGGCCGCCCUCGAUUUGGCGGCAUUGGUCCUGAACAUCCAACCGGGAGAUGAAGUCAUUGUCCCUAGCUAUACCUAUGUUUCUACCGCAAAUGCCUUCCUACUUCGUGGGGCCUCGCUGGUGUUUGUGGACAUUGUGCCCGAGACCAUGAACAUGGACAUGGAAAAGCUCCAGGAUGCGAUCACUGACAAGACCCGUGCAAUCGUCCCGGUUCACUAUGCCGGUGUCGCUUGCGACAUGGACGCUCUUUUGCACAUCGCCAACAAACGCGGGAUCUAUGUUGUGGAAGACGCGGCGCAGGGUUUGUUCUCAACCUACAAAGGUCGUGCGCUGGGCACAAUUGGUCACAUCGGGUGUUUCAGCUUCCAUGAGAGCAAGAAUGUGACAGCAGGCGGACAAGGUGGCGCGAUACUCAUUAAUGACCCUGGCCUUGUCGAGCAAGCGGAAAUUAUCAAAGAUAAAGGCACCAACCGCCAAAGGUUCCUGCGAGGGGAAGUCGCCCACUAUACCUGGCAGCAGGCUGGGGCGAGCUAUACCCUCAGCGAGAUACAGGCGGCCUACCUUUGGGGCCAGCUGGAAGCGUCUGAUCGGAUACAAAACCAACGUUUGGAGAUAUGGAAUUUCUACUACGGGGAAUUAUCUAAGCUAGGCAAUGAAGUACCCAUUGCUCUCCCUUUGGUACCAUCUUACUGCCAACACAAUGCACAUAUAUUCUUUAUUAGAGUAAAGGAUGGAGAGCAGCGGAGAGAUUUCAUUACCGCGAUGAAAGAGGCAGGAAUAACAGUUCUCGCCCAUUACAGCCCUUUACACUCGACGGUCCCCGGCGCCCAAGGUCGGCACGUCCUUGACCGACAGGACUUUGCGACUCGGGAAAGUGAGAGGUUAGUUCGCCUUCCGAUCUUCUAUACGAUGACUAUGGAGCAAGCACGGAAGGUGAUUGAAACAAUCAAGUGGUAUUUUAUGAGACGAUUGACCCAUAUAUAAAGACGCAGCGAAUUGAG